UGUCCUCCAACAAGUCCCGAUGACCUUGCUGAUGUCUAGCCAGAAAAUGGUGCAAGUCGGACGAGCUGCUUACUCCAGUGUGCUUGGUAGUGUGGGCAGAUUUCAGCGCGUGGUUGUGACCACUGCCGGAUUGCAUCAACUCGAUAUUUCCGAGUUCGGAGGUGGUGAUGGAGGUGUAGGACUGGGUGCGACCUUGGAGGGCCAGGGGGACUGGGCGGAAGGCCGAAUAUCUUCGACGCGUGUUUAGAGCACGGGGAAGAAGGGCCAAGACCCGAUGGGUCGCCGAGCUGUGCAUCAUAAGCUCAGUUGGACAUCGGGUCAAGGGUCGCAGGGAGGACGCUUUUGUCAGCGUCCUUGCAUGGCAAUUGUAAUGUGAUCCAUGACGACAUUUUCAAUAUCUGGAAUUCUUGAUUUGAUGGGUGAGUUAAAAAUUGUGGAAUUUUGGCAGCCUGUUGGACCCUGCAGAUUAGGAGCAUGAUGGACGGUCUCCAGCCCCAAAAGAGGCCUUCGGAUGGGAAGUUGUGGAUCGACGUGGUCCCCCCACCCUCCGUCAUAUCUGAAGAUGGGGGGAGGCCCAAGGGAAGCUUAGCUGGGAAGUCGUCCCUCGUGAAACCCACCGUGACGACGCUCCUCCGCCACCACAGCACCCUCGUUCGGCAGGAGAAAGAGGAGCGGUCGAAACUCCAGAGCUACACGGAUGGCUCCUUCACGCCCAACGAAGAUCGGGAGGGAUGGCGUGCCAGAGAGUUGGAAGAGCUGAAAGAGAGGCAGAUUUCGGGAGCUAAGCGGAUCUUGAAGGCGAAGCUAGCCUAUCAUAAAGCCAUCGCGGCCACGGAGCAGAAAGCGAACGAGAAACUGGUCUUAGCUCAGCAUAAAAGGGACGAGACUCGCCGCCUCGCCGUCAUUGCAGAAACAGAGAAGCUUGCCAUGCUUGCGAGGAGACGAGCCAUGGCGGCAGAAAUCCAGGAUGUCCACGCCCACUCGAAGGACAUGGUGGUUCAGAUUCAGAAUCAAAAGAGGCGUCAAGCAGUAGCAGUACGGGAACAAACGAAUCAAUUGAAAGCAGACGCCAAACAUCGCGAGUUUGUCGAAUUUGCCUCCAGAAAAGAAAGAAUUCAACAGAUUCAAGCCUCGAGACAAGCGCUUCGUGCGGCCAAUGCGACUGGGGCGUCAACGUCGGGUUUCAUUGGAGCCUUGGGGUCACCAGACACGGAAAUUCGUCUCAAGUUGACAAAGGAGGCUGAGGAGGCCGCGCUUGAAGAACGGCGUCGUCGCGUCCAAAAUAUGAAGCGGGAACGUGACCACAAAUUGCAAAGUGUGAAGGCGAAGCUGGAGAAGCAGGCGGGUCGCGUGGGUCACACGAGGUCGUUGCAAGUGCCUUUCAAAACCCUUCCACCCUUCACCCACCCAUCCGGAGAUUUAGCGGACGACGAGAUUGUGGCCUUGAUGCAAGAGCUGCACACGUACCAGCAGCACGCACCUCCUCCUCCUCACGCACGCACCAAACCUCAGAAAAGGUCAGGACGAAUAAAUAAGAAGAACAGUGCAAUUUUUACUAUGCUAAUGAGGUGACACACUAAUAACUAUUGGAAUA